AUGGCUUCUUAUGUUAGGGGCGGCGCAUGGUCCAAUAUUGAAGAUGAGAUUUUGAAAGCUGCAGUACAAAAAUAUGGUACAAACCAAUGGGCACGAGUCUCUUCGCUUUUGCCGAGAAAGACAGAUUUACAAGCAAAAGCUCGUUGGAAUGAAUGGCUAGAUCCAACUAUUAAUAAGUCCGCGUGGACUGCGUUGGAAGACAAAAAGUUGAUUGACCUCACGAAGCUACUACCAAAUCAAUGGAGAACUAUUGCUUCAAGUUUGGGAAGAACAGCAACACAAUGCAUCGAAAGAUACCAAAAACUUAUUGAGGAGGCUGCUGGUUUGCCUUCAAAUGAUUUACGGCUAUCAGGUCCCGGUAUCGAGACAUUACCUGCAACAGGUCAACAAUUACUGGCUGACGUAUUACUUGGUGCAGAUAAUGGUGGUGACGGCAGUAAAGUGAAUGCUAAUGAUCCCAACUUUGUUGCAGAAGCUCAACCUGCUCGACCAGAUGAAGAGGAUUUGGAAGAUGACGAGCGGGAAAUGUUGGCAGAAGCUAAAGCAAGAUUGGCAAAUACUCAGGGUAAAAAAGCCAAGAGAAAAGCGAGGGAAAGGAUGUUGGAAGAAAGCAAAAGAAUUGCAUUGUUACAGAAAAGGAGAGAUAUGAAAGCCGCUGGUCUUAGCAUCAGCUUAAAGUCGAAAAACAAAAGAGCCAAGAAGGAUGUUGAUUAUGUUAAUAGUAUCCCAUUUGAGGUUGUUCCAGCUCAAGGCCCAUAUGAUGUCAGUGAAGAGAUGCACGAUAAUAUAACUGAAGCUAAUCAGUUCAAAUCACAAGUUGCUAGGCGAGGGAUCAGUUUGAAGGAGGUGGAUGACAAAAUCAAGACUCAGCAACAUCAAAAAAAGGAGUUUGAAUUAAAUCAAAACAAAAAAAAACGUGAAUUGAAAGCAGAGGAGUCAAAAGGAGAUAAUACUGAGCCCAUCCAGUUUAAGAAAAGAAAAACUGAUGGCGAGCUUACAGAAUCAUACAUACAGGAAUCCACAGGAGAACGCACCGAAGCUUUAAUGCACCCAAAAGCUUUGAAACCUAAUAAAAAACUUUUACCGUUACUCAAAGGUUUGUUUUCCAGAAUUCCAAAAGCACUACAUGAGAAGGGAGUGCCGAAAUUCAAAUUUGCUGAUGAAGAAGAGGGUGCUAAUACUGAUAAUGCAGGUGAGAUAACAAACGGAAGCCACGCGGAGUCUUUGAGUAACUCGGGGCGCCGUGGUCUUCAAGAACAGAGGGAGAAGCAUCGACCUACUCAAGUUGCAAUGCAAAAACUUCCGAUACCAACACCCUCGUCUGCAAGUCACAUUGAUAAUGUUAAGGAUAAUGUCAAGGAUAGUGAAGAGCAUGUGGAUUCAGAUUUGGUGACUUUGAUUCAUGCAGAAAUGGAGAAAUUAAUCAGUUAUGAUUAUGAAAACUCGAAAAAAGACAACCGUGUUUGGCAAAUAGGUUCCUCAUUGAAUGAUAAUUAUGAUUCAAAUGGCAAAAAAUUGAAGAAGAGAAUAGACGUAGAAAGAGAAGGAGAUGAUGACAAUAUAUACAAUCAAAUAUAUAUGGAAAUAGAAGAGGAGUUGGUAAAGAUGAAAAAAGAACCUCAUAAUAUCACCUAUGAGUUACCAAAAAGCUUUGCAAUUGCGAAAUUGGUAAUAUCUAAAGUGCGGCAAUUAGAUCAAGCCAAUGAAGAAAUGCAAACCAUGUUAGCAACGAGUAGUCAAGAUUUCGAAAGGAGGAGAAAGAUACUUUUGAAGGAAAUAUCACGUAAUCAAAUGGUAUUAAUGGAAAACAGUAUCGCGCUCCAUGUGGCUAAAGCGAGGUCUAAAGACGAAAAGGUUCAAAAUAGUGAGUUACAAGUUGCCUUGGAAGGGGAAACUGAGCGAUUAUAUGAGAGGCUUAACGUAAAACAAUCAAAAGAUUGA